AUGGUGUCCUACGAUCCUCCGUUUGGGUACUCCCUUCGUGUGAACGGUAGCUGCCCUGAGAGCACCAAACAAUGUACGGCCACCUGGGAUGGUUUGGUUGCCUGCUGUCCGUCGGACAGCACCUGCAAGGUAUCAGAUAACAACAAAAAUCCAAUCUGUUGCCCGAACGAGGCGGAUUGCCGGGAACCCGUUUUUCAGAUACCUCAUUGCGCCAACGCAAGCUGGGCCUUGUAUGAACAUUAUGGCCUCUUCUGCUGCAAGGAAGACCACCAGGGGUUUUGGACCUCAGAAAAGAAGCACAACAACAGUUUCGGCUGCGCAAAGCAGCCCGAGGGAGUGUCACGAACGAUCCUGACUCCAAGAGCGCAAACUAUCUCGUCCACGACUUUCACAUACCCCCACAGAGCAACUUCGACGUCGGCCUCUAGGUCCGCCUCUGCAUCCGCGACUUAUACGUCCGAAACGUCUUCAUCUGAUUAUGGAUCCAGCUCUGCUGCUGAUCAUAAAGGCGCAAUCGCGGGUCUGUUAUUGGUUGUGUGGCCGGUGUGGCUCUAA